AUGCAGAAUCCCUGCCAUGACAACCACCAGGAGGGCGGAGGACCAGUCAACAACCAAAGAGAUAAUUAUCUCCUUGAUGAGGAGGUUAACGAUAGCCCAUUCACUGAAAGGCUCAUGAACUUGGCAAUAUCGCCGAGAUUCAAGAGUGUCAAGAUACCACCGCACGACGGAAGUCAAGACCCGGAGGCCCAUUUAGAGGCUUUCAAGACCGAAAUGUUGUUCAAUGGGAUAACUGGACCUAUCAAGGCCAGAAUCUUCGCGACGACGUUAACAGGCCAGGCAAUGGCCUGGAUAACCAGGCUUCCCAGGAACUCGAUUGACUCGUUCGAGGACCUAGCCCAAACUUUUCGGUUGAAUUUCGCAACAAGCAAGGCGCAUCCAAUGCUGGCCUACGCCUUGGGAAGAAUCCAACAAAAGGAGAAUGAAUCAUUGAGGAAAUACCUCGAUAGGUUCAAAGAUGCUGCCCUAAAGGUUCGAAAUUUAAUUGAGCCAGUACACUUGCAUCUGAUCAUCUCGGGAUUAGAUGGCGAUUCUCCACUGGCAAAGUCAAUUUACAAGAAACUGGUCAAUGACCUGGAGGAGUUCCGACGAAGGUCGGACAAGUACAUUGACGUGGAGGACAUGCAGAAGGCUUAUGGGGAAUCCAGAGGUCGAAGCCCGAAUCACAGGAGUCCAAGCAAGAAAAACAAAGACUGGGAUCAACGAGGGGCGAAGAAGGGAAAAGACACUCGGGAUAAUAGGUCGGAUGACCGAUCCCCAAGGAGCAAAUAUGAUGAUUACACGCCUUUGAACAUGUCCAGGUAUAGGAUAUGGAAAGAGGUGGCCCAGACUGAAAUGCGCAAUGUCGAGAGACCUCGACCCCUGAAGGCCAAGAGUGGAUUGGAUAGAAACAAAUACUGCGCUUUUCAUGACCAGAACGGUCACAUCACGGAUGACUGUUGGGACCUCCGAGAUGCCAUCGAAAAACACAUCAGAGAGGGGAAAUUGAAACAAUACAUCAUCAGAACUCAGGGCAAGAAGAAUAAUAAGCGAAGGCGGAGAAGCUGGAGCCUAAGUCAGAGCCCGAAGAGAGAGGAUAGAAAGGAUCAGAGACAAGACCGCCCUACAAAGGGCAAAGAGGUCGAAGAUAAAGAUGAGGUUUUUUAG